AUGAAACCAGAAACUAUAGUAAAAAGAAUAAUAGAAGCUAUCGAAACGGAAUCACCAACUACAAUAAUAUACAAUGAAAAUCUACAAACUCUAUUUCAACCAAUAUUAAAAAGUCAAGAAGAUAUUAAAAAGAGACUCGAGUCUCCUAUAGAACCAACACUUCAUAUAGAACCUCAUCACCCCGAACCGAUUGAAUAUGAUGGUAUUAUAAUUAGGACUUUGGAUGAUAUAAAACGUUAUUUUUCAAAUCCAAAGCCAGAUUUACCAAAGAGCAUUUCACCAAUCGUUGAUGAAGAGGGGUUAUUGUUUAAUGGAUUUAGAAUAAGAUUUAGUGGAAAUUCACCAAUAUUCAAAAUCGAUACAAAAGACUUUAUAUUUACAUUAACAGAAGGAUUAAUAGAUUUAAUGAAUGGCAGGGAUGUUGAUAUUGCCGAUUACAAGGACUUAGUAGAAUACUCAGAAUUUCUACAUAUGAUAAGAAAGACGGGGCCCGAAACAAGAAGAUUAAAAGAAGUUGAUCUAUAUAUAAAAGCUAUUUAUGAAGAUGAUGAAUAUGCUGAAGACAAUCCAAUAAUACAAGAUAUAGACAAUCCAAUCACACAACAAAUAGACGAAUUGGAAGAGGAGAUAGCUAGAGAAAACAGUAGACAAGGUAUAACGUUUUUAUCCGACAACAACGAGGAACUACUUAAUAGAUUAGAAAUAAUAUUAGCAGCAAUGAAAGAAGGUCAUCGUUCAGACAGACAAUAUAAUGAAGUAAAUUGCAUAUUAAAAAGAUUCCUAGAGAAAGGUAUUAUAGAUAAAAAUGAUUAUAAAAACGUAAUUGAUAAAAUUAUCCAAAUGAAAAUAUCAACAGAUAACGGAGCUACAUUCAAAACCAUAAGUUUACUACCAGGAAGCUAUGAAUACGUUGCCAUAAACGAAUAUCUAUCUGAAUAUGUAGGAAGUGCAAAUGGUAAAAUAAUAUUGAAUUCGAAGGUAAUUUGA